UUUAGUACAAUUCGUUUAACAAGCGGGACCCUGCUUGAUUGACGUUCCACUCUCAGUAUUGUCGCAAUGGCGGAUAAGAAGAGAGGCAAGAAGCGAAAAGAUGAAUACACACCUCCUGGAGAGGAAGUCCCAAAUAAACCCAGCAAAGAGGAGUACAAUGUUGGGAAAUGGCUGAGAAAAAAUGUCCCUAUUAAAAGGACUAAAUUCAUGAAUCAUAAUGUGGAGUACUUUACAGGAAAGCGUGCGGUUGAUGCGCUAUUGGAAUCAAAAUUUACUGCGGGUGACAGUCCCCUUUUUGUUACCCGAGACGAAAUUGUUGAUUAUCUACAUGUGAUGCUGGAGCAUAAAUUUUAUCAUCGUGCCAGAAAAGUUCCUGUUUCAGAAAAGGAACUAAGAGAAAGGAAGAAGGAAAAGAAAAAGGAACCAGACUCUGGGGAAGACGAAAAACCGCAGGAAAAGGAGAAAGAGCAAAAUAAGGGAACUGAUGCUGAAAGCAGUGUUGUUGAAGGAAAAGAUCCUGCGGAUAAGCAACAGCAAAAGGAUAAGAAAAAGAAGAAAAUUCGACUGGAAAUGCAUAACGACCAGCGUUUUGUAGACAGUUUAGAUGCAUAUGUUUGGAUUUAUGAUCCGAUUCCAUUUCACUAUUGGAUAUUUGGUGCCUUGCUUGUUGUCGGUGCUAUUGGUAUUUGCAUGUUCCCAUUAUGGCCCCCAAUUGUUAGAUUGGGCGUCUAUUAUAUUAGUGUGGCAGCGGCCUGUUUCCUCGUGUCCAUAAUUGUUAUGGCAAUGAUUAGAUUGAUUCUGUUCUGCAUUAUUUGGUUACUGACUUUUGGAGAGCAUCAUCUAUGGAUUUUACCCAAUUUGACCGAGGAUGUAGGUUUUUUGGCGUCAUUCUGGCCUCUCUACAAAUAUGAAUAUCGGGGAUCUGGUGCUUCUUCAGCCGACAAGAAAAAGAAGAACAAGAAAAAGAAAGACAAGGAUAGCGAUGCUGAGGAUGAAAAAGAUGGAAAUGAAGACGUUGUCGAAAAUCUCGGAGAAAACAUCGAUACUAAGAGAGAAAGUUCCGAUGAUGAAAGAAAUGUUAAAGCAGUCGAUAUGGAAAAUGAAGAUGGGGACGGUUCCGAGAGUGAGAGCGAAUCCAAGUCGAGUACAGGCCGAGACUUUGAAAUGGUCGACCACAAUGAAUUGGAAGACCAACAGAAUUAAUCCCAGUAACUUUGUAGGUAUAAUUUCAUGUGGCGAGGCGUUUUUAUGUAACAUUUGUUGGCAAGGUUGCGGAUUAUAUUGCAAAAGUCAUUUUUAAAUAAAAUUGUAUAUUUAAAAGAAUCCAGGUUGAAAACUUUUUGUUCCAUAUUAGACUUUUCGUACCGUCUUACCAUUUAGAACAUAAUAUGUAUCGCUAUCACACACCCAGCGUAAGAAUAACUAAGUUAAAGUCCAAAAUUUAAUCAACAAUUAUAAGCUGUCAAUGUUAUUAUAAAUAAAAUCUAGAUGUGGGUUCUCGAUAAAUUAGGAAUUUGAAAAUAGUAUGAAUGUUAAUGUUCUUAUGGAAUUAAUAUAUUUGGUCGUUGAGAUUAUAUAUUCUUUUACAUCCAACAGUGUUAUACAUAUAUUUUUUAAAUAGAUAAAUCGCAUCCCCGAGAGUGGUAUAGUACAUGACGUCUUUAUGUGUACACGAUUUUUUGUAUAUACGUGUAAUCUGUUACACUUAUUUUACUCAAAUGAUCUGUAAUUAGUUGGUAUGUGCUUCGAUAGAAAAAAAAUGCAUUUAUUUAUGUUUUGUUAGGGAAUACUUUUUAUUUUCUUAGGGAUACAUUAUUAGUAGGUAAUAUGUUUAAAUAAAUUGAUUGUAAAUAAUUCA